AUGGCUAUAUCUCGGAACUGGUUGGUGGCGGGAUCUGUCGCCCUAGCUUGGGUCAGCACAGGCUUUGCUAGUCCUCACAUCUUUGCCUCUUCCCAACUGACCUACUCUUCGUUCACAUACACCCAACUAACCUCAGAUGCCUAUGCCACGCCGAUAUCGACGUCUGUAUCAUUUCCAACGUCAAUCGCGCCACCAUUCAGCAAGGUAUCUACUCUGCUGCCUAGCGACCUUACCUAUACUACGUACUCAUACGACCCUUCCGCAACGAUCACGUCGGACGGCCAGUAUGGUCAAAGUGCGUACGUAAAUCUCUGGCAGAACUAUUCGUUCGUGAGCUCCCCGCCAUUCACCACCACAGUGUCUGCCACCCCGGUUGCGAAAGCUGAGCUGGUGCUACCCCCUGCACUGUACAAUGCGCCUUCGGAUACAGACUUGAAACUACCAGCAGAUUUUAUCUGGGGUGUCUCCAGCAGUUCUUGGCAGAUAGAGGGCGGUCUUCAACUGGAAGGUCGUGGCCCCAGUGUCCUAGAUAGUAUCGGCAAUGCGUUGUCCCCGGAAACCGCUGAUAGAAGCGACGCCAACGUAGCGAACAUGCACUACUUCAUGUACGAGCAAGACAUCGCUAGACUAGCAGCUGCCGGAAUACCAUACUACUCAUUCUCGCUGUCUUGGCCGCGGAUCGUGCCCUUCGGUGUGGCUGGUUCACCCGUCAAUACCGAAGGCUUAGACCACUACGACGAUCUCAUCAACACCUGUCUGAAGUAUGGUGUGACGCCGAUCGUUACUUUGAACCACGUUGACGCGCCUACGUCCGUCCAGGCAGACCUGGACUCCCUUCCCGAGCAUUUCCUCUACUACGCCAAGAUAGUCAUGACCAGAUACGCAGACCGAGUCCCGUACUGGGUGACGUUCAAUGAGCCAAACAUCGGCGUGGGCACAUUAUUCCAGAAGUACCAAGACCUGACAAAUGCACUCAUCGCCCAUGCAGACGUCUACGACUGGUACAAGAACACACUGGGCGGAAAAGGCAAAAUCACGAUGAAAUUCGCCAAUAACCUAGCCAUGCCCCUGGACACACAAAACUCCUCGCACAUUGCCGCAGCUUCCCGAUACCAAGACAUCCUGUUGGGGAUAAUGUCGAACCCACUAUUCUUAGGAAAACAGUACCCAGAUGCAGCCAUAAACACAGCAGAUAUGAUGGAGCCGCUCACAGAUGACCAAAUCAAGCAUAUCCAUGGCAAGAUAGACUUCUGGUCCUUCGACCCCUACACAGCGCAGUACGCAUCUCCCCUGCCACAAGGCACGGACGCCUGCGCUUCCAACUCCUCCGACCCCCUCUGGCCCACCUGCGUAACACUGAGCAACGUCCAAGCCAACGGGUGGCUCAUGGGACAGGCGUCGAACGCCUACGCGUACCUUGCGCCGCAGUACGUCCGCCAGCAACUGGGCUAUAUCUGGAAUACGUUCCGUCCGUCGGGGAUCCUGAUCGCGGAAUACGGGUUCAACCCGUUCCUUGAAUCGAACAGAACUCAUGAUGCGCAGCGGUAUGAUCUGGAACGGACGCUGUACUACCAGGACUUCCUUACGGAGACAUUGAAGGCUAUCCAUGAGGAUAAUGUGAAUGUUAUAGGAGCGUUGGCGUGGAGUAUAGCUGACAACAAUGAGUUUGGGAGCUAUGGGGAGCAGUAUGGGCUGCAGACUGUUAAUCGGACGGAUGGGAAGUUCACCAGGACGUAUAAGCGGAGUCUGUUUGAUUAUGUCGAUUUCUUCCAUCGACAUGUCAAGUCUGCGUGA